AUGUGUCGCUGUUCUGAAGUCCCCCUGAUUAUUCUAUUUACAUUUGUUUUUGAAGUAAUCGCCCGAAUUAUUGACGACCAAGUCACACCUAAGCAACCAAACAAUGUGACAUCAGAUAGACCUGUAGCCAAAUGGUUUGCCAGCAGGAAGAGUUCGCAUGAGUUAUAUGCAGAGAGCAGAAUAGCUAAGAUAAGAGAUUCUUCAACCGAUGACCUAUCGAAGAAGGUCUUUAAUGAAUCGCUUCAGAGCAGAAUAGCUAAGAUAAGAGAUUCUUCAACCGAUGGCUUAUCGGAGAAGUUAAAACAGAACGAAAGAACUCAAGUUACGACGAAGAAAUUGGAUUCGCUUACAAUUUCACCUUCUGCAUCUUCAGAAGCAUUGCUCGACCAAUCUCUAUUAUAUCCGAUGCGAUCGGCUAAACCAGAAGGAGGCUUAGCCUUCCCUCCAGUUCUCCCUCUACUCAGCGGUCCAGUGGAGCAACUGCCGUUUGGAACUACUUACGUUUAG